UCUGAUGGAGAUAAGUAAGAGGAAGAGAUCCCAGUCUGGGUCUGCGGGGAAGAGGGCAGCCGAGGAUGAGGCAGAUGGCUGCACCUUGACUGUAGGUGGCAGCAGGAAGAACAAUGAUCUCACUGAUGCUCAAGCAUGUCCAUUGGACCAUCAAGUUGAUCACACAAUUCAGUAUGAUGCACCUCAACUCCCUGGUCGCUGUUACGAUCCUGACACUAGUGCACCAAUCAGCUUUUAUAUCUCAUCACUUGAGGAACUGAAUUCGUGGCAGCCUUUUAUUCAAGAUGAGCAUUUUAACAAAGCUGUUAUCCCCCUGUCUCCACGACAGCCACCUAUGCAGUGUAAUCGGCCAAGGACACUGGUCUGUCAUGAUAUGGCUGGCGGCUACUUGAAUGACAGGUUCAUACAAGGCGUGCAUGAGGAGAAUCCUUUUGUCUUUUACCACUGGUUAUAUAUUGACAUCUUUGUCUAUUUCAGUCACCAUAUGGUGACCAUCCCACCCGCCUGCUGGACUAAUGCUGCACAUAAGCAUGGUGUUGCUGUUCUAGGGACAUUCAUCACAGAAUGGAAAGGUGGAACUACAAUCUGUGAGGCUUUCCUAGAGCAUGAGGAGACAUUCCGUGCAUUGGCUGAUAAGCUCGUGCUGAUUACCCAGUGUUUUCAGUUUGAUGGAUGGUUGGUUAACAUCGAAAAUGAAUUGAGUGCUAAUGCAGUGAAGAAUGUGCCAGACUUUCUUAGUUACUUCCGCACCAAGAUGCAGCAAGCUGUUCCGCACAGUCUCGUUAUCUGGUAUGACAGUGUAUUGGAGUCUGGACAUUUGAAAUGGCAGAAUGAAUUGAAUGAGUGCAACAAAGUAUUCUUUGAUUCCUGUGAUGGUAUUUUCCUGAACUACAAUUGGACAGAGGAACACCUUCAGCGAAUGGCGUUGAUGAUGGAGGAACGCCAUGCUGAUAUCUAUGUUGGAGUUGAUGUGUUUGGCCGAGGAGAUGUCGUAGGCGGAGAGUUUACAACCAAUCUGUCUUUGGAACUGAUUCGCAAGUACAACUUCUCAGCAGCUAUAUUUGCGCCUGGCUGGGUCUACGAGACUUUGGGAAAGGAAAAAUUCCAUCGAAACCAACACAAGUUCUGGAAUUUGUUGACUGAAUAUUUGCCCAGUCAUAGCAUCUGUACAUUGCCCUUUGCCACCUCUUUCUGCCAAGGCUUUGGAAUGAAUCUCUACAGGAAUGGAAAGGUGGAGGUUACUGGAAGUUGGCUUAAUCUAAGUGCACAGGAAAUUCAGCCUUUGUUUGUAGACCAGCAGCUGGAUCCGGCCAAUGGUUGUGUAAAGACCCGUGGGUGUUCAGAGGAUGCCUGGAGUGGAGGAUGCUGUCUCCUGGUUAAAGGGCUAAUCCCUGCCAACAGAUCAAGUGUGUCUGCGAGGUUGUUUAGUUUGCAGGUGCAGAGCCCUCCCAGAGUCUUUGUUGCCUUUGUUUAUAAGGUUGAAGAUGACAGCAAAGUUGUUGUGAGUCCAGAGCUGAUGACCUGUUCCACCUCACAGUGUAAUUCAGAGACCACUUCCGCAGUGGAUGUGUUAAAACUAUUAUCACUUCCAAGAGAUAAUGCCCUUGUUCAAAAGUUUAUUCAGAACAGUGCUCCAUGGAACCCUGAGGGAUGGACAGCUUGCUUCUACCUCUUAGAGCUAACGGAUUGCAUUCUUCGAGAUAUCUUUGUUGUCAUUACUCGGCUAACGAAGGAAGAGCAGGACAUACGGUUUCAGUGCAAAAUUGGAGAAAUCAAGAUUCUGGACGCUGCGAGAUUGAAUGUGGAACAGAAGGUAGUAGAAAACCUUAUCGUCUUUGACAUUUUGUGGAGAAAGAUUCCGGGAGCUACAGACCAGCUGUAUCUGAGUGCCACAUUGCAGUGGACUUACCCUCCAAACACAGCAAGUUGCUUCAAGAUAUACUGUCGAGGACUAAGCUAUCAUAGAAACCAAAAUGUUCCAGAUUCUGACCUGAUCUGUGUUGGUCGAACAAAUGCAAACCUUUACCGUGUGGUGAAUUUACAACUUCACGAUGCUGCUGCUGCUGGCGAACCCUGUCGAGUGGAGUUUCUGAUUCAGCCACUGACUGAGGCAGGAUUUGCAUUACCUCAGUCAGCAUGUGGAAGGCUAACUCUCAGUUACACCCAACCUCCUGGAAUUGGUAACACACAGUACCAUUGCUGUCCAAAAUGAUAAUAAAUUCAA